CGAUGAAGCGGGGAGCAGCCGGGGCCAUCCCCGGUGCCGGCGGGGAGGAGGCAGUGCCUGAGAUAGACUUCCUGGUCAAGCUCCAGAUGCUUUUGUUUAAAUAGCCUCAACCUCCCUAUGGACUCAACAGAUGUACCACAAAAUGGCAUUGCUCACUGGGAAUGCAGAUCCUGAGUUCACCUCCCGCUCCUUCAACAACUUGGAAAACCUCUGUGAAGUGCAAACCAAGAAGGGAUUCUUCUACAAAAAGGCCAAACUUCUGCAUCCUGGAGAAGACUUGUGCUGCUUAGCCCGCUUGGAUGACCGGUCCAGGUUUGUGAUCAUCAAUGUGGGUGGUAUUAAGUACAAAGUUCCCUGGACCACCUUGGAGAACUGCCCCUUGACCAGGCUUGGGAAGCUAAAAUCUUGCAACAAUUAUGAUGAGAUCAUGGACAUCUGCGAUGAUUAUGAUGUUAGCUGCAAUGAAUUUUUUUUUGACCGUAAUCCUAGUGCCUUCAGAACGAUCAUGACAUUCCUGACGGCUGGGAAGCUGAGGCUUCUCAGGGAGAUGUGCGCUCUUUCGUUCCAGGAGGAGCUUGUGUACUGGGGCAUAGAAGAAGACCACCUGGAGUGGUGCUGCAAAAAGAGAUUGCGACAGAAAGAGGAGGAGGCAGCUGAGGCCAGGCUGUUUGAGAGGGAGAUGGUGUUCAAUGAAGCUGCGCAAUGUGCCUUCCAGGACAGUAGCCGACUGAGUUUGUGCAUGAGAAAGCUCAGGGAUAUGGURGAGAACCCCCACUCAGGGAUCCCAGGAAAGAUAUUUGCUUGUAUCUCAAUCUCUUUUGUUGCCAUCACUGCUGUCAGCCUGUGCAUCAGCACCAUGCCAGAUGUCAGAGAAGAAGAGGAUCGGGGUGAGUGCUCACGAAAGUGCUAUGACAUCUUUGUGCUGGAGACAGUGUGCGUGGCGUGGUUUUCCUUUGAGUUCCUGCUGCGAUCCAUCCAAGCAGAAAAUAAGUGUGCUUUCCUGAAAACCCCKCUCAACAUCAUCGACAUCCUGGCCAUCCUGCCUUUCUACAUCUCUCUCAUCGUGGACGUGGUUUCCGCAAAAAACAGCAGCAAGCCCGGCGGGGGAGCCGGGAACAAGUACCUGGAGCGGGUGGGGCUGGUGCUGCGCUUCCUGCGGGCGCUGCGCAUCCUGUACGUGAUGCGGCUGGCGCGGCACUCGCUGGGGCUGCAGACGCUGGGGCUCACCGUGCGCCGCUGCACCCGCGAGUUCGGGCUGCUGCUGCUCUUCCUCUGCGUGGCCAUGGCCCUCUUCUCGCCGCUGGUGUACCUGGCUGAGAGCGAACUGGGAGCCAAGCAAGAGUUCACCAGCGUCCCCACCAGCUACUGGUGGGCUGUGAUCUCCAUGACGACUGUCGGCUAUGGGGACAUGGUGCCUCGUAGCAUCCCCGGACAGGUGGUGGCCCUGAGCAGUAUCUUGAGUGGGAUUUUGCUGAUGGCUUUCCCAGUCACAUCCAUCUUCCAUACCUUUUCCCGUUCCUACAGCGAGCUGAAGGAGCAGCAGCAGCGAGUAGCCAGCAGACAGGUACGCCAGCGGCAGGAGAACCCUGAGCUCCUGGCUGAUGACAGUACGAGGGGACUCARUGCCACAUUGCCACCAAGUGCUGCUGGGCGGGACGGUCUGCUCUUGGUGGGCCAGUAAGCCAAGGGCAGUUCUUGACCCUGAACAGCUGAGGACAUACAUUGGCAGCACAAGAAGCAGUGGACAAGGGAGGUUAGUUCUGCAAGAACCCUGUGAACUGCAUAAAUGAGGGGCAGACACACACAAGGUUGUCUCUAAAGACCAACUUCUGAUCUUAAGGGGCCUCUGAAAAGCACUCCUAGAAACUCUAAAUACAGCUCUGCUCCAUUGCUUUUCUUAGGGCUUUUCUCUUGAGCAGGUAUUUUGGGUACAGCCAAGGAGCAGCCAUUGAAAGUAGCCAGCCAGCAGAAUGUAAUGUGAAGCACAGCCUGUGCCAGGUGCCAUGUGGCAGAGCAACCAGCGUGCCACCUCCUCCCUGCCCUGACUGGUGUGAGGGGCUGAGYGAGGGGCUCCCCAUGCUGCAGCACUCCACGACACAUUUGUUUUGGCAGCCCCUCCAGGAACACAAGGAACACAAACCUCAGGCAAGCCAAGGGGCGAGGGCAAGAGAAGGGCAGAAGCAUCCCUUCAGCCUUACCUGGGGCUUAGGUUUGUCUUCUACAGAUGAGGAAGUGCAGCCAGAGCUGCCAGGUGUGUGAGCACAGUUUGCAUUAUUUAGUAGAGAUGCAUAUUUACCAUCCUAAGCUUUGUAUCUUARCCCCAUGACAGAAAUAGACGUACAAAAAAUCUUUCUGACUGUGGUGAAUGUUAACUUAGUUUUUUUUCCUUUGCUAACAGUCGAAUACAACAAAUACCAUUACAAACUAUGACAUUUYGCCACUUUCUGUUUACUAUUUCCAUCUCUCGAGUAUCCAGAAAUGUGUUUAACAGGCAGAUGAACCAAACUGAACCCCACACAGCCCAAGGGGAGGAUGAUGUUAAACCAGCAGUGACUCCCAACUCUGUGCAGUCUCCCUCAGUGGUGGUGGCUGCACUGAGUGCAGUCAGGUGCAGACAAGAGURGAGGAGUUGUCUGAACCCAGUGAAGCCAGCCAGACACCUUUAGUGGGCUCUGGCUGAGCUGCAGUGCAGCAGCUGAGCUCUGCAUUAGGAGCAGCCUUUUGGUUUUGCUCUACUACUAAGAAAAAGACAAUCCAUUAGAGUUAGCGUUGCGGCUCUUCCUUAUUCUCAAAGGAUAUAUGUAGUUUUUUUAAGAGAAAAUGAAUCAUGUGGUGGCAUCUGCRUUUUUGCUUAUUGAUGCCAGCCCCAUGCAUGAGCUUUCCAGCCCCCACCCUGGAGGAGCUGUGUAGCUGGUCCACAUCAGGAUGCUGUGCAGGUCUUUCAGUGCUCSUACAGGUGGGAUAUGAUCAGGGAGGGAGAUGGAACCCAACAGUCUCUUGUACCUACACCCCUAUUUGUACUAAAGCCAUGCGAUCUCACCCUCCAUAUCCUCCUCCUGCUAAGAAGGGAACAAAAUCUGAUGUAUUGAAGAUGGGAUUUGUCUGGUCUGUUGUUUGGGGUUUUUUGCCUCAGCCUAUGUUGUAAAACCAACCYUACAUUAUCAAACUCUCAUAUUAAGCCAUUCCUUCCUUAUAGGAAUGAAGCAAGGGAAGUGGA